AUGAAGUUUCUUACAAUCGUUGCGUCCGUGGCCCUUCUGGCAGCCCUAGCGGCCGCGGAGAGGACGGAGACCACGGCUGACGCCCUACAAAGAAUUUAUUAUAGGUGCGUAGACAACGAGUCGAUGUACUCCUGCGUGAAACCGAAGGUCCUGGCUUACCUGAGCAACGCCGUGAAGCAAGACAGACUCGCCAUCACCGAGGACUUGGCGGUGGUGAAGUCGCGUGACCUGCCCGAGGAUAACAACGAGGAGUACUACCCGUCGCAGUACGACUCCGUGGACCCGGCCAGAAGCGAGCUUCUGAGGUCCAUGAUGUUGGAGAAACUGGACGCGUACCUGUCGAGCCAUCAGCUCGAGGCUAAGCUGCCGGAAGCCAUCGCCGGAUCCAACAUUGUACCGAGAUCCUUGGUGGAGAACAUGCCCACAAGCUUGACCGUCCCUCUUUCGGACUCGUCGAACGGACAAGGCCGUGGAUUCGUCAAAAAGGUCAUGAUACCGUUCCUCCUGGGUCUGAAGUUCAAGGCCACAGCCUUGGUGCCGCUUGCUCUGGCCCUGAUCGCCCUGAAGACGUGGAAAGCUUUAACGCUGGGUCUCCUGUCCAUGGUUCUGAGCGGAGCUAUGAUGAUCUUCAAGCUGACCAAGCCGAAGGUCGCCUACGAGGUCGUCCAUUAUGGUCACCCGCCAGUGGAGCAUCCCCCUCACUGGGACACGGCGCCCCAUGGACCCUACAGAGCCUACAGGAAGUAG